AUGCAUCGUCUGCUCGAUUGUAAAAACUGGGAUAUUUAUAUAUAUAAGGAUUGGGGAGGAGUCUGUAAGCUCCAUCGGGGUCAUCAUGGAGGUAUGGCUAGACUUUGGCAUUAUUGUCCUUUGUAUAGGAUUUCAUCACUCUGUUUGUUAGAUAUCGUGGAAAUUUUACUUGAACAUAGCUUUAAUUUCGGUAAUCCGACAGUAUCAUUUUCAUUAUUAAGUUAUGGUAUUUGGGUUUUAUCACUCCUGAAAUGGCAAGAAAAUCAUGGCGUAUUUUUGAGCGUUAACUCCAUUUUAGGUUGCAUGAACCGUCCAAUUUAUUCAGAGAAUUAUUUUGUUCGUUUUUGA